UUAUUACGAUUAAAUUGAGGAUUUAUUUUGUAAAACAUGUGGAAUAUAUAGGUAGUUAGUUAGCCAGAUUAUUACCCAACCAGUUUGCUUCCCACAACUAGUGAACCACAACCACACCUCAGUCUUGUGAAAGUACAGCAAAGAGAAAGUGAGCAUCACGCUAGAGCUACAUGUGCAUACAUACACGCCAAUUGUCUGUCAGUAUGUAUAACAAACUCGUCGGUCGACUAUCGGGCCUGCAUAAAAAACUUUCUUUAACCCACUUUCUUAUUAGUAGUUUGCGAUCAUCUUUCGCCUCUCACCGCGGCUGAAUUAAUUUUAGUGUAGUGCUGUGUUUGGUGGUCGGUAGAGGUAUGUGCCCUACCAUCGUGGUCCCAGAGUAGUCCCGUGCGCAGUGGCGCACCGCGGUGGUGGGACAUUGGGACGUGGGGAUACGCGUUGCUAUAGUGACUCAAGUGGGACAGUGAAUUUUAUUUUUAUUUUUUCCCGCUUCGGCGGCGACGCGCGGAGGGUUCACAACAAUGUGCGAUAUGCAGAAGAUGCCCUCAAGAGAAGAUGCCUCUUGUGAGGAGGACAGUGAUAUGAAUUUUGCUACAUUUACACCAGUGGGCACGACUGGUACCCACUUUAUGACUACUAGUGGUCAGUUGCCAGUACAGAAGCUUCAGCAGAAUGUCGCUAACAAUGGUGCAGGCAUGCCACAGGUAUGUGUUAUGGGCGAUGGUGGUGUGCAGUACAUGCGUGCUUUAGACGCCAGCUGUAACUUGCAAGCGACACCGCAACUCAUUUCUGUGCCCGUUGCAUUGCCGGGAGCCAAGCCUGGUGAUCCUCAAGCAACAGUACAGAUCCAGGUGCUGAGUCCAAAUUUACUGCUACACCAGCCCAAAUAUCAGAUGCAGAUUCCCAUUACAUACGGAGACACCCAACAAGUGAUGACUGUUGAAGCUGGAGGUAUCCAGUUAGUCGGACAGAGCAGCUCAGGGGAAGGUACAUUCAGGCUGCGACCAGGUCUCCAAGUUUUGGCCUCCUUACCUCAAGAGAUGCAGUUGGUGCAACCAUCACAGGAAAAAGAUCAUAUAGCACAAAACAUGCCUCAGGUAUAUAUCACCCCGAACCAGCAGAUCAUCAUCAAUGGAGCCGACAAGGCGUUGAACAACAACACGACAUCGGACAACCACAACCCGACAACCAUCGUCAUCAAGGAGGAGUGUGAUGAUGACGAGAGUUCACAAGGCACAGAGAUUGGAGAGACAACACAAUGGCAAUUAGAUCCGAAUCAUCAUCAGGAUAUUAUUAAAUAUUUAAGAACAUUGCCACCACAGCAAACGCAAGCUCUCCCAGAAUCAUUGCAGCAAUUCUUGCGGCUGAACCCAAAUACCAUAAAACAGGGAGAACCCAUAGAGAUUGAAGUGGAGAACGCCAUCGUUCAUAAGGAAGAACCAGUCGCCGAGGCUGUACUCAGCGAAGACGGCACUCUUAGAAUACAGAGUAAAAAGAAGAAAAAAUAUAAGAAGAAACCGCCUAAACCUGCGAGGCCGAAACCUGGGUAUGUUGUGAUCGCAACCUCUUUGGAUGGGACUCCUAUAUUCUGCUGCCCAGAGUGUCAGAUGGCGUACCCAGAGAAAGAACAACUGGAGAUGCAUCUCGUUGUUCAUAAGAUCGAAAGGCGGUUCAUUUGUGGGAUUUGUGGUGCUGGUUUAAAACGCAAGGAGCAUCUAGAGCGGCAUAAGCUCGGUCACAACCCAGAAAGACCGUUUGUGUGCGAUGUGUGUCGCAAAGGAUUCAAGCGGCGGGAACAUCUCAAUCUACACACCGUCAUCCACUCUGGAGUCAAGACUGAGAUGUGCACAGAGUGUGGGAAAGGUUUCUACCGCAAGGAUCACCUUCGCAAGCACACGCGGUCGCACGAGAGCAAGCGAGCGAGGGACGAGGCGGCCGCCGGGAACACUGGCGCCACGCAGGCACCCGUCCAGCCCGCGCCCGCCAACAAUAAUAUCUUGCCGGAGAUCACCAUACAUAUACCGACCAGCUCGAAUUCUCAGAUCCCGGUGCAGAUCAACAUCCCCCAGCACGUGGUGACGUCGCUGGGCAGCCAGGCGGGCGCCGGCGCCCUGCAGGCCGGCAGCUCCCAGCAGGUCGGCAGCUCCCAGCAGGUCGGCGACACGCUGGACGCGCUGCUGGCGCACCACUCCUGACCGCUCCACGCAUCCCGCCGCACUCUAAACGUCACACAACCAUCCCCCCAUGAAGGGGUAAGGUCUAUCCCCCAUUGUCUUAAAUAGUCUCCAAUGUUCAGAUCAAGGUUUAUUUUCAAUGCGCAUAUAAUCAAAAUACUUUAUUUUUUCUCGCGUUCAAUCUAAGUUCACCUAAAAUUUUGAAACGAAAUAAGAAAUCUGUUGCAAUAUGGAUUUACCUUGUAUUUACGAUGUUGAUAAAUUGCACAAAUUAUUGUAACUUAGACUGUUCGGGAAUGCGGUUUCAGUAUGAGUCGGCGCCCUUUCAAUUAUUCACUCCUGCUUGACCUAGUUAACUGAUUGAAUAAUUCAUAGUUCGCCGCCGCAUUCUCGUGUCUCGUUACUUGCUAAAGUGCGACGUCACCAGGGUUCGUUCUCAGGUCGUUGCAUAGUUAACUUAUGACAAUAAUUGUGACGACGGCUAUGUACGCCUGCAAACCUGCCUAUUGGAACGUGUUUGCUUUGUAUGACACAGUUUCAAGGUGAGCUAA